AUGCAGGAGGUGGCGUGGAUUAACACAGCAGUCCGGCUCUCACCAACAGCUGCUGCCCUUCAGUUAGCAUUACUUCACCAUCACCAUAAUCAACAACAACAACACCACCAAAUCCCUUCCCCUUUAGCUAUUUCAAUCCCCGGAAUUACAGAAACACAACCAGCAACAAAUACAAGGCCAACAAUUAAACAAGAAUGUGAAGAACAAAUAAAUAGAGAAGAAUUAUUUUCAACUUUACUUCAGCAACAACAACAAUUAAAUCAAGAACAAAUUUCAGCAGCUAGUUGUUCUCCUUCUUGGAUUAACACUAAUUUAUCUGUAAAUACUUCACAACAACAACAACAAGCUGUGAAUGUUUUGGCUAAUUUAAUUGGACAUAUCCAACAACAAAAACAAAAUUUACUAGACCAACAACAACCUUUAUAUAUUGAAAGUCAACAACAACAUUUAAAUACUUCCUCCUCCUCCACUUCCUCUUCAAUUUCUGCUCCAACUUCUCGUUUAGCUGCCAUUCAAGAAGAACAAAUUAAUUUACAAUUACAACAACAAUCAAUUGUAGAUAAUAUUGGAGGAGAUUUUGAGAGAAAUCAAUCAACAGAGUCUACAGCAAGUACUAGUGGAGUAAAACUUUCAAUAACAACCAAUGUUGAACCAAUUCCUCGAAAACAAGAUAUUCAAGUAUUUUAA